CACUUACAAAGUUAAGAAUUCAAAACGUUUUCGAAUAUUUGGAAAAAAAGAAAAAAAGGAAACACAAAAGGACACUAUAUCUUAUUUUUAUUGGGGAGGAAAAAAAAUAAAAAUCAAGGUACCGCCUUACCUCCGGCCUCCGGUUUGAUUUCAAUUUAGGGGAACCCGGAUCAGUUAACGGGUUAAAGUCAUUUCGGAUUUCGAAUUCGGGCAACGAAAGACACCAGCGACCAGAGAACCCAGAGCUUCGACUUCCGACAGCUUAAAACAGAGUUAUCGCCGGGAGAAAUCACCGCUUCGAAACUUGAUAACUUUUCAUCGGCGCGGAGCAAAUUUUUACGCAAGAAGAGGUGAAACCCUAACUGCAGCAGUGUAUUUAUAGAGACGUAGGAGAAGAGAAGCGAGGCGGCUUUGAUGGGGAAGAAACAGCACAGCAAGGAUCGUUUGUUCAUUACCAAGACGGAAUGGGCGACGGAAUGGGGUGGUGCCAAAUCCAAAGAAAUUCGCGCCAACUUCAAACGCCUCCCGUUUUAUUGCUGCGCGUUCGUACUGCACUUUAAACUCCUAUUUCUAUAUGCAUAUUGAAUUCGAUUUGUUAAGUUACUGAUUUGGAUUUCGUAUGCAGCCUUACCUUCACACCAUUCGAGGAUCCUGUUUGCACCAAAGAUGGCAACGUCUUCGACAUUAUGAAUAUAAUCCCGUACAUAAGGAAGUAUGGAAAGAGUCCGGUGACUGGAGCUCCACUGAAGCUAGAGGAUUUAAUUCCUCUUAAAUUCCACAAAAAUGCUGAAGGUGAAUAUCACUGUCCAGUACUGAACAAGGUUUUCACAGAGUUUACACAUAUAGUUGCUGUGAGGACUACCGGAAAUGUCUUUUGUUAUGAGGCUAUUAAGGAACUAAACUUGAAGACCAAGAACUGGAAAGAGCUUCUUACUGAUGAAACCUUUACUAAGGAAGACCUUAUAACUAUUCAAAACCCGAAUGCACUUGACAGCAAGGUGCUCGUUGAUUUUGAUCACGUCAAAAAUAGUCUGAAAGUUGAUGAUGAAGAGUUGAAAAAGAUGGAGUCUGAUCCAACUUAUAAUAUAAAUGUUAGUGGGGAUAUCAAGCAGAUGCUACGAGAGCUUGGCACAGAGAAAGCUAAGGAGAUUGCACAACUCGGUGGAGGUGGAAAAAAGGCUAGAAGUGAAAGAGCUGCAGCCCUUGCUGCUAUAUUGGAAGCAAGAGAACGCAUUAAGGAGGAGUCCAGUGGCAAGGGGGAGUCACCUAAGCAGGGUUUCAGUGUUGUAGAUGCUGCUUCUGCCUCUAUUCAAGGAAGAAGUGCAAAUGCUGCAAAGAUGGCCACGAAUGAUAAAACUGCGGCUAGAAUAGCUUUGCACAUGGCGGGUGAGAGGGCACCAGUGAAUGCCAAACUGGUAAAGAGUCAGUUUACCACUGGUGCUGCCUCUCGGUCUUUUACAUCCACUGCUUAUGAUCCUGUCACUAAGAAUGAGUACGAAUACAUCAAAGUUGAGAAGAAUCCAACAAAGAAAGGUUAUGUUCGACUGCAGACGACACAUGGUGACCUUAAUAUUGAGCUGCACUGUGACAUAACUCCGCGUACAUGUGAAAACUUCCUCACCCUUUGUGAACGUGGUUAUUACAAUGGAGUAGCUUUUCAUAGAAGUAUCAGGAACUUUAUGAUUCAAGGUGGAGAUCCCACAGGGACUGGCAGAGGAGGAGAGUCCAUAUGGGGAAAGCCCUUCAAAGAUGAAUUGAACUCUAAGCUACUUCAUUCCGGGAGAGGAGUUGUUAGUAUGGCAAAUUCUGGUCCUCACUCAAACGGUUCCCAGUUCUUUAUCUUGUACAAGUCAGCAAAUCAUUUAAAUUUCAAGCAUACAGUCUUCGGAAUAGUUGUCGGAGGUUUGACUACCCUUUCAGCAAUGGAGAAGGUCCCUGUUGAUGACAAUGAUAAGCCUCUGGAAGAAAUCAAGAUAAUUGAAGCAGAGGUGUAUGUAAAUCCUUAUACAGAACCUGAUGAAGAGGAAGAGAAGAAAAGUAAGGAAGAGAACAAAGUUGAAGAUGAAGAAAAUGAGAAGAUCGGCUCAUGGUACAGUAAUCCAGGGACCGGGACUUCAGGAAAUCAAGCUUUAGGUGGUGGCGUGGGGAAGUACUUGAAAGCAAGGAAUGCUCAGGCUGACUCUACUACAUCUCUUGACAGUGGCCUGCCUGCAGUUUCUGUAUCAAAGAAAAGAAAAGUAGGGGUCCCGACUGGGGAACUUAAAGAUUUUUCAUCCUGGUAACUGCUUCAUUCAGGCUUUAUCAGCUUGCAAAGAAGUUUAAUAUUAGAGAAGAAAAGGGCGUACUUGAACCCAUUCAGCUGAGGGGAAACCUUGUCUCUCGGUGUUCAAAUCAAUCCAGUUGAUAAGGUAUUCAUAGAGACUGAAUUCUUUUUUAGUUGUAAUUUGUUAAUAUGUCAACAAAGUCAUCUAUGUUUCAUUUUUAACCAUAGGUUUUUAUCCUAGGUUUGAUACCCUAAGUGCUGUUAAAAAAUGGUUCAGCACUUCAGCUGUUCGUAUUUUAGCUAUCGGGUUGCCCUUGGGUUUGAGUUUGUUGAGGUCUGUUUUUUGGUUUAAGGGCUGCCUUUUCGGUUUUGAAAUAUAUUCAUGUUUUCUCCUUAAGAUCUGUAAUACAAAUCAGUUCCGCCAGGAUAUUAUGAUUAUAAAGUUGGCGAUCAUCCCUUGAGAUUGAAGGCAAGAAGAGCGCAGGAUCCUUGAGAAACUGGUUUUCAGUUUGGCCCAGCAUGGGUGGCAGCAACUACUACUGGAAAGUUUCUCCUGUCAACCCACUAGUCCAUUCUGUUACAUGCUCUGAACAUGGUUUGCUUGCAGCUUGCCUACUCGAAUUAUUUACAAAGUUUCGGGUGGGUCAUCAUCAGACCGAAAGAUUUUUGUUGUAAAAAGUUAGUAAAGCAUAUACCAAGGCUUUGCGCAAAGUUUAUCACUCAUCUUUCCAGCCUUCCAGCCUCCCAGGGGGACCUGGUGAUGUCCAUUUUGCCGGUUUUAUUUUCUCAGUCUCUUCUACGAUAAGGAUGUAGUAUUUGUUAGCUUCUUCACGGAACACAAUUAUUAGCCUUUUCGGUUUUCAUAUUAUUUGGGUUGGGUUUAAAAUUAUUUUCUGUCGUGCAGGCGUACAUCAAUCAUAUUGACACAAUUUCUCUAAUGAAAUCCACUAAAAAGAAAGGAUAAAACUCUAUAAGACCAACUUUAUGAGGGAAAAAAAUUUAAUAAUAGAAAGGAGGAGGAAUAGGCUGACUCCGUCGGGCUUAGUUAUUAGGGAUAAGAAAUCAGUUUAAGGGAAUCACUGACGAAGACUCGGUAGACUGG